GUGUUCUGAUACCACCACCUAAGCUCUGUGAUUAGCCAUAGAAUAUUCGACUUGCCUUCCAUUUUCCAUCACGAAAAAUUUUGUGGAAAAUCAUAGGAAAACUCAGAAAUUCCAUCUCUUGGUGUGGUGGCUAAUAUAGACUGCAUUUUUUAUUAUAAAUAGAAUCAUGUCUGCUAGCAAAAUAUUCAACAGAAUUGGACAAUUAGGUUUGGCACUAGCUGUUUCGGGAGGUGUUGUCAAUUCGGCUCUAUAUAAUGUUGAUGGCGGUCACAGGGCAGUCAUUUUCGACCGAUUUACCGGUAUCAAAAAAGCAGUUGUUGGUGAAGGUACCCAUUUUUUCGUUCCUUGGGUACAAAGACCAAUCAUUUUCGAUGUAAGGUCAAGACCUAGGAAUGUUCCAGUCAUUACUGGAAGUAAAGAUUUACAGAACGUGAAUAUUACACUAAGGAUCUUGUUCAGACCAGUUCCUGAUGAACUUCCCAAAAUUUAUUCAACACUUGGUCAAGAUUACGAAGAAAGGGUCUUGCCUUCUAUUACAACUGAAGUUCUAAAAGCAGUGGUAGCCCAGUUUGAUGCUGGUGAACUUAUUACACAACGUGACCUUGUUUCUCAAAAAGUUAGUGAUGAUUUGACAGAGAGAGCAGCACAGUUCGGAGUUAUUUUAGAUGAUAUCUCCAUAACACAUUUGACCUUUGGAAGGGAGUUCACACAGGCUGUCGAGUUGAAACAGGUCGCUCAACAAGAGGCAGAAAAAGCGAGAUUUUUGGUGGAAAAGGCUGAGCAGAACAAAAAAGCAGCCAUCAUUUCAGCAGAGGGAGAUGCCCAAGCUGCAACCCUACUUGCCAAAGCUUUUGGGGAUGCCGGUGAAGGUUUGGUUGAGUUGAGAAGGAUAGAAGCAGCUGAAGAUAUUGCAUAUCAACUAUCCAGAUCUAGACAAGUUGCUUAUCUUCCUGGUGGUCAGAAUUUGCUUUUAAAUGUUCCUACUCCUGGAAAUUGAAUCAUGUGAUUUUAAAAUGAAAAAACUUGUGUCAUUUGAAAAUUAGUGUGAAGACUGCCAAGUGAAAAUACUUCUGUAACUGUUUUUUUUAUUUGUUUCCAGUGUUGAAGCUGUAGGGCAGAAUAAUGUUAACAUCUCAAAUAUUGUUACUACUUGAAAUAUACUUUCUUAGAUAUGC